AAACUCGUUUGACAAACCUGCCCUUCCAUUUCAUAUGGAAAACAACUGCUAGUCCGGCGUUGCUAUAUAAUCCCACAAGGCACACAAGGCGUAGCCAGCCAAAGCUAGCUGCCCGAAACAAGCUCCCCACAGUGACCAUGAAGAUGAAGGGGUUCUUCUUCUUCACCUCCGCACUCGCCAUCCUCGCGCUUCUCCCGGUCACCGCCGUAGGCGCCGGCCUCAAGGUCGGGUUCUACAACAAGACCUGCCCGUCGGCGGAGGCCCUGGUGCAGCAGGCGGUGGCCGCCGCCUUCCAGAACAACAGCGGCAUCGCCGCCGGCCUCAUCCGGCUGCACUUCCACGACUGCUUCGUCAAGGGAUGCGACGGCUCGGUGCUGAUCGACUCGACGGCGAACAACACGGCGGAGAAGGACGCGAUCCCCAACAAACCGAGCCUGCGCGGGUUCGAGGUCAUCGACGCCGCCAAGAAGGCCGUGGAGGCCCAGUGCCCCCGGACCGUGUCCUGCGCCGACAUCGUCGCCUUCGCCGCCCGCGACAGCAUCGCGCUGACCGGGAACGUCACGUACAAGGUGCCUGCGGGCCGGCGCGACGGCAGGGUGUCCACUGAGCAGGGCGCGCUGGACAACCUCCCCUCUCCGUCCUCGAACGCAUCGGUGCUCGUCGGCAAGUUCGCCGCCAAGAACCUCACCGCCAAGGACAUGGUGGUGCUCUCCGGCGCGCACACCGUCGGUCGCUCCCACUGCGACUCCUUCACCAAACGGCUCUACAACUUCAGCAACGCCAGCGACGUCGACCCCACCAUCAGCUCCGCCUACGCGUUCCUGCUGAAGAACAUCUGCCCCGCCAACAGCAGCCAGUUCUUUCCCAACACGACGACGGACAUGGACCUCAUGACGCCGGACGUGCUCGACAACAAGUACUACCUCGGGCUCACCAACAACCUGGGGCUCUUCACGUCGGACCAGGCGCUGCUCACCAACGCGACGCUCAAGGCGUCCGUCGACGAGUUCGUCAAGAGCGAGAACAGGUGGAAGAGCAAGUUCGUCAAGGCCAUGGUGAAGAUGGGCGGCAUCGAGGUGCUCACGGGGACGCAGGGGGAGAUCAGGCUCAACUGCAGGGUCAUCAACAGCGGCAGCAGCGCUGGGAUUGAGCUUCGGAUGACCGGCUCCGACGACUCUGCUGAAGAAUUCACCGAGAUAGCAACGAACUAACUACUGGAUGCGUGCACAGUGUGAUCUUCUUCAGUAAUGUGGAGUUCUAGCUACGUCGGGUUUGCUUUUCACAAGAAUAAAACAGAGGAAACGCAUCGAAAUCCUGGAGAAAGGAUAGUUGUUUCUCUUUUUUUUUUUUCUGUUUUGGCUGAUGUUUGGAUUAGUGUUGUGUUUGUAAUAAUGCAAGAAAAGAACGUUGCAUGAAAUGUUGUUCACCGGGAAAAUGUGCUGCGAAUUACUGUAUUAAAUAACUAUUUACUA